CCUUUAACAUUGCUGAAGAAAACUACUAGCACAGAGCUGUUUCAAGCUGUUCAAUCUUUCAUUGCAGGUAAUAGUUUGACAAAAUACACCGAGAAGUUGGAGGAGAUCAAAAGAAAUUACAGAUACAAGAAGGAUGAGCUCUUCAAAAGACUGAAGGUGACGACUUUUGCCCAGCUGGCCAUCCAGGUUGCUUCUCUAUCUGAUGAAACAUUAGAAGUGACAAACGAGGAGAUCCAGAAGCUGGAAGAUGGUGAUUCUGCCACCUCGGAUGCAGAUGCUGAACUCACAGCAGGGACCAACGGGAAAGGAAGCCCCCGGGAGGCACUGCUGAAUCCUCUUCUGCUCAUAAACGACUCGGGAGCCGGCGAGUCCUAUCGAUCCACACUGCAGAGUGUUAUCAGUGGCGUUGGGGAGCUGGAUAUAGAGAAGGACACACUGAAGAAAGCGGAUCCCCAGGCUAAGGACGCGCCGUAUCCCGACUGCCCCUUCCUGCUCCUGGACGUGCGGGACCGCGACGCCUACGAGCAGUGUCACAUUGUGGGAGCUCAUUCGUACCCUAUCGCAACGCUCUCCAGAACCAUGAAUCCAUACACCAAUAGCAUCCUGGAAUAUAAAAAUGCCCAUGGAAAAAUUAUUAUUUUGUACGACGAUGACGAGAGGCUGGCCAGCCAGGCGGCCACAACCAUGUGCGAGAGGGGCUUUGAGAACUUGUUCAUGUUAUCCGGAGGCCUCAAAGUCCUUGCACAGAAGAUCCCCGAAGGGCUGGUCACAGGCUCGCUCCCGAUAUCCUGCCAGUCGGCAACUUCCUCUGGAUCUGCCCGAAAAAAGGCCGCCCCCAAAGCGCCGCCCGCGCGUGCUGAGAAUAAAUGGAGAUUUACUGCAGAUGAUCUACAGAAGAUGAAGUAUUACCUAGAAGAAGAGCAGAUUCCUUCAGAUACUGCCAGCCGUCUAAGCCGUGGCUCUUCGGGGCGCGAUUCCAAGGCGACAACGGCGAGGAGCAACCACAGCCUCCCCGGCACGACGGGCUCAGCCGCAUCCCUCGCCGCCCGCUCGCUCAGCAGCAGCAGCCUCCAAAACCGGCCGUGGAAAUAGGCAGCGGGGUCUCUUUCAGCCGAAUAAACGAGUGUCCAGGUUCUGGGAAGCGUGAGCAGUGCGGCCCUUUUGUCGUUUUAGG